UUUUUUAGGUGAGCUAUGGCAGCUGACCUGGACAUGGUGAACCUGUUUGUCAUUGCUGGGGGGACGCUGGCUAUUCCCAUCCUGGCUUUUGUCGCUUCCUUCUUUCUUUGGCCUUCAGCACUCAUUAGAGUGUAUUACUGGUACUGGAGGAGGACUCUGGGCCUGCAGGUGCGUUAUGCAGACUGUGGAGGCUAUCGCUUCUGUUACUCCUACAGAGGAAAGCCCGGGAUGAGACCCUCCAUUUUAAUGCUGCAUGGCUUCUCUGCUCACAAAGACACCUGGCUCACUGUUGUUAAGUAUUUACCAAAACACCUGCACAUCGUGUGCGUAGAUAUGCCCGGCCACCAAGGAACAACACGCACCAACAGUGAGGAUUAUUCCAUUCAGGGGCAGGUCAGACGGAUCCAUCAGUUUGUGGAAACCAUUCGCUUAAACAGGAAACCUUUUCAUCUGGUUGGAACCUCCAUGGGGGGAAACGUAGCGGGGGUUUACGCAGCCUGCUACCCCUCAGAAAUCUGUAGCAUGACUCUCAUUUGUCCAGACGGUAUAAGACACCCAAGUGAGACCAAAUUUGACAAUCAUCUGCAAGAUUUGGAGCACAGCAAUUACACACUAAACAUCCCGCUGAUCCCUACCACACCCGAGGAGAUGGAGGACAUGUUCAAACUUUGUUCCCAUGUCCGCUUUAAAAUCCCUCAGCAGAUUCUCCAAGGAUUGGUAGAUGUCCGGGAGCCUCACAACAUGUUUUACCAGGAGGUAUUUAUGGAGAUUGUUGGAGAAUCUUCAAGAUAUGCCUUACAGGACCACUUACAUCUGAUCACUGCACCUUUACAAGUGUUAUGGGGCAAACAAGACCAGGUGGUGGAUGUCUCUGGAGCUUCGGUCAUUGCAGAGAUGUUGCCCGGAUGCAGGGUGGACCUGCUGGAGAAAUGCGGCCACUCUGUGGUGAUGGAGAGGCCUUGUCGAACAGCCAAACUCAUCCUGGAGUUUAUCAUUUUGCAGCAAGACGCCAGGGGAAAGAAAUCUUCCUGA